UUCACUCGGGGUUUCCUUCGCAUUCCAUUGCGAUUUGGAGGAAGGGGAUCUCAAGCCCGUCUCCUCCCUACAGCGAAAUCCCUCCCUCAUUCAGAUCCCCAUUUUCCCACUCCCGAUCUCCUUCUUCCUUUUGAACGGUGGUAGAAGACUCCCCUCCGGGUAGACCCUACUGUGGCUUCAGUCUUCUUGUUGUCGUCGAGGUCUUGGAUUAUAGAUUCUUGAUAUGGCUGGUACGGCAUGCUUCAUUAUCGUCAGUAGACAUGAUAUUCCAAUUUACGAAGCUGAAGUUGGCUCCGCAGCAAAAAAAGAAGAAGCUUCUCAGCAGCAUCAGUUCAUUCUACAUGCAGCUUUGGAUAUUGUAGAAGACCUUGCAUGGACCACAAAUGCUAUGUUCUUGAAGGCAGUGGAUAAGUUCAAUGAUCUUGUGGUGUCUGUAUACGUUACAGCUGGUCACACUAGAUUUAUGUUAUUACAUGAUUCUCGUAAUGAGGAUGGAAUAAAGAGCUUCUUCCAAGAGGUCCAGGAGCUAUACAUAAAGAUCCUGUUGAAUCCACUUUACCUUCCUGGUUCGCGCAUUGCAUCAUCACACUUCGACACCAAAGUUCGAGCCCUUGCAAGAAAGUAUCUGUGAUCAUGGUAGAAUUCCUCAUCGGCAAACGUUGACCCCUCAAAUACAGGCUAGAGAUUGUGUGAUCUGGCCUAAUUCCUUCUUUCCCUUUGCUAGUAGAGUACAUGGUAGACAUACCAUUUUAUUUUAAUGAUGCAUUUGUUACACACUGAACUGAACGAUACAUAUUGUACCUGAAACAGCUCUUCUAAUGUUGAUCAGUUGAUGUUUAAGCA